AUGGCAUCAUCUAGGUUUGGCAGCUCAAAUUUGCACCAGCGCGACCCGCGCAGUGCCCUCUUUGAGGGUUACACGGGCCCCGGUGCCGACGCCAGCGCCAACCGACGCAACAUGAACGCAAGCCCGAGUCGCUUUGGCACACCAGGAGGCAGCCCUUCUGGCUAUGGCUACGGCUAUCCGGGUGGCAAUGGCAACGGCAAUGGCCUGGCACCGCAAAACGGCGGCUACCGGUCGGCAACACCAAAUAAGCGAGGCCAGUACAGCGAUGCCGUACUGAACGAGCUCGAGAGCCAAAACGACUCCCAAAUCGAGGGUAUCCUUGGCAAGGUUCGCGUAUUAAAAGAUAUGACCGUCGCCAUUGGGGAAGAGAUUCGCGAAUCGUCGGCACUCGCCGAGAAGAUGAACGACACAUUCGAUGCAACACGCGUGCGCCUGCGCGGAACGAUGAACCGCAUGCUAGUAAUGGCUGAGCGCACCGGUAUUAGCUGGCGCAUUUGGCUUGGCUUCUUUUUCUUCGUUGGCCUUCUGUUCACCUACGUGUGGCUGUUCUAA